AAAAAGGUGAUCUAUAUGGAUGGAGAUAGUUUGAAGUGUGAAGAGUUGAUGGAACUUGGAUUUGGGAAAGUUGCUAUACAGGUCAGCAAGGAAGCCCUGGUCAAAGUUCAAAAUGCCCGAUCAUUUGUUGAAGAUGAAAUUUUGGCUAAGAAUAGAGUCACGUAUGGUAUAAACACCGGAUUUGGCCGAUUUGCCAGUACCGUUGUAUGCAAAGAUGAUCUGAGCCUCCUGCAGUACAACCUCAUUACCUCCACGGCCGCAGGAGUUGGUUCCCCACUAUCGCUAGAACGAACCAGGCGUAUGAUGGCUCUGCGUAUUAAUGUUCUUACGAAGGGUUUCAGUGGCAUAUCCGUGAGAGUUCUGCGACAAUUUAUUGAUGCUUUUAACGCUUCAUGUCUAUCGUGGGUUCCUGAGAAAGGUACCGUUGGGGCGAGUGGCGAUUUGGCACCUUUGGCGCAUCUCGCCAUCGGGAUGAUGGGGCAGGGCAAGAUGUGGAGUCCAGGGACUGAUUAUGGUGACGCUGAUAAGAUUCUCAAAUUUCACGGGCUCUCUCCGAUCAAAUUGGCCGCCAAAGAGGGACUAGCCCUUAUCAAUGGAACCCAACUGAUAACUGCCCUCGGGGUCGAAGCUCUGAUAAGAGCGGAGAACAUCUGCAAACAGGCGGAUGUAGUCGCUUCAUUAUCGCUAGAAGCGCUGAAAGGAACUACACGGGCUUUCGAUCCUGAUGUCCAUAGGGUGAGACCACACCCAGGGCAAAGUAUGGUGGCCGCAAGGAUGAGGUCACUGCUUCAUUCUGACCGCUACCCGUCAGAGGUUUCAGAGAGCCACAAAUAUUGCGACAAAGUGCAAGACGCUUACACGCUAAGAUGCAUACCUCAGGUUCAUGGUGUUGUCAAUGAUACCAUCAAAUUUGUUAGAGGUAUUUUGGAAACUGAAAUCAACAGUGCCACAGACAAUCCGCUUAUCCUGGCAGAACGCGGUGACGUCAUUUCCGGGGGAAAUUUUCACGGGGAAUACCCAGCUAAAUCUCUGGAUUAUUUGGCCAUAGCUAUUCACGAGAUAGCAAACAUGAGCGAAAGACGAAUUGAAAGAUUGAACAACCCAAAUUAUAGCGGUUUACCAGCAUUCUUAACAAACAACGGUGGCCUAAAUUCAGGCUUCAUGAUCGCUCACUGCACAGCCGCUGCUUUGGUUUCGGAGAACAAAACACUAUGCCACCCGGCCUCUGUUGAUUCGCUUUCGACCAGCGCUGGAACUGAAGAUCACGUGAGUAUGGGUGGCUGGGCGGCUAGGAAAGCCCUCAGAGUCGUCGAGAAUGUCGAAGAUGUGGUGGGCGUGGAACUGUUGUGCGCAUGUCAGGGCUUGGAAUUUCACAGACCCCUGAAAACUACGGAGCCACUUGAAACGUUGCAUGAACUGGUCAGGAAGAGAGUUAAACCCUGGGAUAAAGAUAGGUUCUUAGCUCCAGACAUGAAUAACGCAUCAGCGCUAUUGAGAUCUCUGAAGGUCUGGCAGACGGUACGUGCAUACAUUGAGAAUGAUGAGGAUGAAGAUGAUAAUGGCGACCGUGAGAUGGAAAACAAUAAAAAACGCCUCGUUAAUGGCUCAUAAUUUUAAUUGGAUGAUUGAGUGAGUAAGUAAAUGAAUAAAUUAAUUAAUACACACAUACAUACAAACAUGCAUACAUACAAACACACUCAUAGGUACACAUACAUAUAAACAAACAAACAAACAGUUGAAAACAAAAUAAUAUACAUCCCAUCCCAAAUUUUGGUUGUAUAUUUUGAGAACUACUACACACACACACAAACACACACACACACAAACAAACACACUCAAACACACACACAAAUAUAUAUAUAUAUUUAUUGGGUUGAGAUUAUAUAUGCUAGCUUAAUUACAUAACCAUAUAUCAUUUUAUCGGUUGAUCUUAUGUUAUAACACGUUAACAAUACAACAACUGGACUGACUACAGCAAUUGUUAUUCUUACAACAAGGACUAUAUUCGAUAUUGUUAUUUCGAUGUUAUUGUUAUUAUUGUUGUUAUUAUAACUAUUAUUGUUUUUAUUUUUGUUGUUUUAAAAACUUUUCUAUUCCUUAUCGAUACAUUUUAUUCGGCAUCAUUUAAACAUUCAGUAAUGAGGAAUAUACAUUCAUACAUACGUAUAGGCAUACAAAAACACAAACACAUACACACAUACAUACACACACACACAGACACACACACGUACGCACACACACACACACAUACACAUUUGUAAAAAAUAUACUUACAUGAACAUAAACAAUGCUAAUAAAUGAAUGUUUAAAAAA